GAUAUUCUUGUAUAAUGUAUAACACGCAUCGUCCUCAGUUACGAUAUUCGGAUGGAAUUCAGCACGUUGCAAGCCAUUUCUUUCUUCCCACAGUCACGACUCGUCACCUCGAGGACAAUUGAGUAAGUAUCCUGCGCCGCCUGCAGAAUCCCUUGCUGCCGCUCGCUUGUCAGCCCUCUCACCUACGCUAUCAUCACCUUGUACCCGCGACGUGGGCAUGACUGGCAGUAUGACUCACGAUCUGGAUCCCAUUGAGCUUGAACAGUUGGAAGCACAGGUCCAGAAGGACCAGCCUUUCCUGCCCAAAUCUUUAGCACUUUGGAAGCAGCUGGAUUCAUACAAACCCCGUCUCAUCAGUUCGGCGUACCUCGCUUGGGCAUGCCUCAACGACGUUUUCAAGUGUCGAGGCUACGACCUUUAUGUGCCGCGCAAGAGGCCUAGGUCAGACACCAACUUUUGGACGAUGAUGUAUCCCGCACAUUAUAUCGCGGAAAUUUUGCCUGAGUUUGACGAACCGGAUCGCAACGUCAUUCUUGGAUCUCGACGCUACGUGAUACCCUUCUAUCCUUUCAGUGGCGCUCUCUGGGCGGCGACCAACGUGUCGGGCGACGACUUCAUCAUUAAACUUGUCUCUGACGGUCAGGACCCCAAGGGUCUGACUGAGCUUCGCAUACUCGAACAUCUCAGCCGGCAUGACAUUUGUGCUCACCCGCAAAAUCGCACAGUUUCCGUGGUAGAUCUCGUCAGACACCAGCAAUAUACCUUCGCUAUAUUCCCUAGAUGGACGGACUUCCCUGAGAAAGAGAUCAGGACACCGCGGACCGCGAUAGAGUGUUGUGUACAGGUUACCGAGGCCUUGGCAUUCUUGCAUGCACAGUGCAUCGCCCAUCUUGACAUCUCGAUGGAGAACAUCAUGAUCAACUUCUUCGGCUUUGUUGAUCAGUCGUUGUCCCCCGUCGUGGAAUACUUCCCGGUUUCAUAUGGCCUUAUUGAUUUUGGCGAGAGCGUAUUCCUCGACGCGCCCUCCUCUUUAGCACCGCCGAGGACUUACGCAACCCGUCCUACAAGCGCACCAGAGGUCAGCUCUGGGGAAUCGUUUGACCCCUUUGCGGCAGACGUAUAUCAAACUGCCAGGUUCUUCCUAGAACAAUUCUACGAUAUGACCGGGGUCGACCCAAAAUUCCUUGCUAUAUUGCAGGCCAUGGGAUCCAGCCCUCCAUCUACCCGCAUAUCCAUGGCCGAAGCGCACGAAAGGUUCGCCGCCUUGCGGGCCUCGUGGCUGCGCGACCCAGAACCACACGUCGUCGACAUCUACGGGCGCCGGAAGAACAAGUACUUCGAUACGUACCUCAAUACCUGGCGUCCGCCCCCCGGCAUGCUGUCCAUUCCUGCGAGUGACGAGGAGGCCAAGGCUUUGCGCGAGCGCAUGCGUCGGGACAGGGCCGAACAGCGACAACUUUAUGGCGGCCACUCAUUCUCUGAGUCGGGAAAGCUCAGGGUCGACGUUGCAGGAUCCAUAGGCUGCGUAGACGGGAACAAUCCACGCAUGCCCGGAUUUUAGGCGACAAUAUGAUCAAGUCGACCUUGUAUCUGUAUUUUCCUGAUGCCCAAUUCAAUGAAGAGACAGUCGACUGCCUCUGUUUAUCUAACAAUGCU